AUGGCCGAAGCAAAAAGCAUUGUCGAUACCAAAACGGAACAAUCUGUUAAUGGCGGUGCAACCUAUACCGUAAUCGAAUUCCUCAAGGACUUGAAAGAUUUACAUAACUACGACAGUGUUCUGGUGAUGCAUAAUAGCAAUACGACCAUAGCCAAGAUAUUCUACACGAACAACAACAACGCUAUGGAGGAUGCUCACAACAACACGAUCAAAUCUACAACUGCUGCGGGCAACACGUUCACAUUUAUUGAAAAAAUUCUAAAUGCAGAUGCCGCUGGAAAAUCGUUGCUGCCAUUUGUGGCAUAUCUCAUGCACCGGCUACAGGUGCCAGUUCUGCAAUUAAACGAAUGGCAACACUUUAAUCUCAAACAUCAAAUGUCCGACAAUUUACUGGCAAUUGUUCAGAUUGAUAUUAAUAGUGACGCAGAUGAUGGUAGUGGUGAUGAUGGCAUCAAAAUCACCCUGGACCAGCAUUCGGGUCUAUUGCAGAAAUUAUCGAAAUGUUUGUGGCGCAUGAAGGUGGCGAAAGUGCUAUUCUUGAUCAAUGCCCCCACGAUGAUGAAUGCCGAAAUGGUGGCCAGUGCAAACGAUGAAGAUGUUGGAUACAAUUUUGUGGAACAAUUAUUUCAACAUUGUUGGAGGCAAAAAUUACUAAAUGUGGCUGCUAUAAUGGCCAACUAUCAGAAAACUCAAAUACUUUAUCGCUUCAAUCCAUUUCCAGAGUUUCAAAUUGAAACUGUUCCAUUAGCCUUCAAUCGCUCACUGAGACAAGAGGAGAUAUUUCCACAACGUCUCAACAAUUUAAUGGGCUACAAUAUGAAUGUUGUCAUUGGUGGUUCCGAUCCUCGUAUAAUACCAUACGAAAAAGAUGGGAAACUAUUUGUAGGAGGAUUUGUUGGACAUUUUGUAUGGGCAUUUGCCAAAAAAUACAAUUGUAACCUGCAUGAACCAUUACCAUAUAACCCCAAAGUUCCGCUGCCUAGUCAAGAGCUAAUGAGAGCUGUUCGCAAUGGAACUGUAGAAUGGUCUGCUGGUGUCACAUUUCCAGAGAUACCGAUUUUAGGUUACACCUAUCCAUAUGAGUUUAUCAACUGGUGUUUGAUGAUACCAGUCGAAGCGGAUAUUCCAGGGUAUGAAUUUUUCACAUCCGUAUUUAAAGGUGAAACCUAUGUCUUCUUUAUUGCCACUUUAAUUAUUAUUUCGAUGGUAUUGAGUGCUGCUUUGUACAUUCAUGGCUAUAGGCCGGAUUUAUUUGAUAUAAUUUGUCACGAUGAUUGUUUGCGCGGAAUGCUGGGCCAAUCGUUUAGCGAGUUGCGUAAUCCACCGGUAAUAGUUCAAGCCAUAUAUUUGGAAAUUUGUAUGUUGGGUAUACUGUUGACGACCACAUAUAACGCCUACUUCUCCACUUAUGUCACCAAGGCACCAAAGACAGCCACUCUGAACACCUUGGACGAUAUUAUGGCUUCAGGUCUUAAAUGUGUCGCCUGGAAACCGGAAUAUAAUGAGAUUUUAUCCCGAGCUCCAGAAUUCAAAAAAUAUGCUCCAAUGUUUUUGGUGGAACCGAAUUAUCAAAAAUAUUUAGAGUACCGUGAAUCGUUUAAUACCCACUACGGUUAUGUGGUACCCACGACAAAAUGGACAAUUAUCACUGAGCAGCAGAAAAUGUUUACCACGCCAUUGUUUAAACAAAGUUCCAGUUUUUGUUUUUACAACAAUAUUCCAAUGGUCUUUCCGAUUCAUGAAAAUUCUCUAUUCAUUGAAGCGAUGUAUAACCUUAUGUUGGAAAUCUGGCAAUCGGGUUUAAUGAAUGUAUGGAUGGAACAUGGAUUUUUAGAGCUGAUCAAAGCUAAAAAGCUGGUGUUAUCCGAUUUGAGCAGAAAGAAAGAAUUCGAAGCAAUGAAAGUCGAUGAUUUGCUGUAUAUUUUUAUAUUUCUGGGAAUAAUGUUGGUGGUUGUGGUUUUGGUAUUCAUUGGAGAAUUGUUAGUAUUUCAUAAACAGAAGAUACGUGAAAAACUACGAAGUCUUGUGAGUACGCGCAAAGGAAAUUUGGAAAUGAAACAAAGAGAUGCUACAAAGGAAAUAUAUGAACCUGCUGGAAAUUAUGUUAGAGAUGGCCUGCUAUGGAGAAAAUUUAAUUAA